AGUGUAAAAAGCAGGACAGUCAGUUAUUUUCAGCGCCUACAUCCUGCAGCUGUACAGUAUAUAUUGUAGAAGACUACAGUGAUAAUGUAUCAGGAAGCUUAGGAGUAUAAGGUUAACAUUAUCUACUCAUCAUGUUAUUCAAAAUUGGUUACAUUUUCCUGCUGGGUUUGUUCUGUGUGCUGGGCCAGUCUGAUGAGGUUGAUACGGCUCCUAGUGAUGUAGACGACGCUCCUAGUGAGUCUCAGAAAAGAGAUUUUUGGCAAGAUGUUGCAAAAUGGGCUCCCAUAGUAGUACAAGCCGCAACUGCUGCCGGAAGAGAUGUUCGAGGCCUUGACAUUCCACUGGCUAUCAAUAAAAGAGAUUUCUGGCAAGAUGUUGCAAAAUGGGCUCCCAUAGUAGUUCAAGCCGCAACUGCUGCCGGAAGAGAUGUUCGAGGCCUUGACAUUCCACUGGCUAUCGAUAAAAGAGAUUUCUGGCAAGAUGUUGCAAAAUGGGCAACAAUAGCUGGACAAGUCGCCACUGCUGCCGGAAGAGAUGUUCGAGGCCUUGACAUUCCACUGGCUAUCGAUAAAAGAGAUUUCUGGCAAGAUGUUGCAAAAUGGGCAACAAUAGCUGGACAAGCCGCAACUGCUGCCGGAAGAGAUGUUCGAGGCCUUGACAUUCCACUGGCUAUCGAUAAAAGAGAUUUCUGGCAAGAUGUUGCAAAAUGGGCUCCCAUAGUAGCACAAGCCGCAACUGCUGCCGGAAGAGAUGUUCGAGGCCUUGACAUUCCACUGGCUAUCGAUAAAAGAGAUUUCUGGCAAGAUGUUGCAAAAUGGGCUCCCAUAGUAGUACAAGCCGCAACUGCUGCCGGAAGAGAUGUUCGAGGCCUUGACAUUCCACUGGCUAUCAAUAAAAGAGAUUUUUGGCAAGAUGUUGCAAAAUGGGCUCCCAUAGUAGUACAAGCCGCAACUGCUGCCGGAAGAGAUGUUCGAGGCCUUGACAUUCCACUGGCUAUCAAUAAAAGAGAUUUCUGGCAAGAUGUUGCAAAAUGGGCUCCCAUAGUAGUACAAGCCGCAACUGCUGCCGGAAGAGAUGUUCGAGGCCUUGACAUUCCACUGGCUAUCAAUAAAAGAGAUUUCUGGCAAGAUGUUGCAAAAUGGGCAACAAUAGCUGGACAAGUCGCCACUGUUGCCGGAAGAGAUGUUCGAAAUACGGAAUAGCCUAUGUCUUUCACAAGAGAUUCUGCUAUGUAUAAUAUAAAAGAGGAAUGUAGUAACAUCACUUACAAAAUUAGCUGGCAGUGAAGAUACAGACCUAAAAAUACCGGUAUAUAAAUACAAAGUACAAACAAUGCAUUGUAUUAACUGUGAAUGUUAAAUAGCCUACAUCCAAUAAUGCAUUGUUAAUUAGCUUUAUUUAAAGACUUAAUAAAAUGUUACUAUAUAAAUCA